UAUUACACCAAAGCUAUAAUAGAACAUGGAUUCAGUUUAGAUUUUCAAAUGUGGAUUUUACCGCCGAGAGGUCUAAGGUCGAUUCGAUUAAUAUCUUCCUCUGUUCGGGCCAUUGGAGCUUCAUCAAUCUCGUCUCUGGGUUUCGGCUCAUAUUUUGGACCCAGCUCCAGUGAUCAAGUUUACUCCAACAACCGGAGAAUAGACCAUUUCAUAAAAUCCGGGGACUUAAACAAUGCGCUCAAUGUGUUCGAUGAAAUGCCUCAGUACGAUGUUGUUACCUAUAACUUGCUUAUUUCAGGGCACGGCCGAUUCGGGCUGCGAGAGCAGGCUUUUCGGCUUUAUACUGAUAUGGUUUCGGAGGGAAUUAGAGAGACUGCAUCAACGUUUUCAUCUACCUUGGGGAGUUGUGGUGAUGCAGGGUUAUAUAGAGAAGGUGUCCAAGUUCACUGCAGGGCGGUGUUGCUUGGGUUUGGUUUGAAUGUGUAUGUUGGGAGCUCGUUGGUAGGCUUUUACUUGCGUAUGGGGCAAGACAAUGUGGCUGUGGAGUUGUUUGGUGAGUUGCCGGAGAGAAGUUUGGCUGUGUGGAAUUUGUUGUUGCGUGGGUUUUGUGAACUGCGUCGAGUGGAGGAGAUGUUUGGGUUGUAUUGUAGGAUGAAGUUAGAUGGUGUGGUUCCAAAUGGGCUUAGUUAUUGUUAUUGGAUACGUGCAUGUAGUAGUGGGAAGCUUUUGAAUGGAGGAAAGCAGCUGCAUUGUCAUGUUGUGAAGGAGGGAUGGUUGGGAUCGAAUGUGUUUGUGGACAAUGCUCUGGUAGAUUUGUACUCUGCUUGUGGGAGUUUGAUUGAUGCGAGGGAAGCAUUUGAAGCAAUUCGAGUGCAGGAUGUCAUAUCUUGGAAUUCGAUUGUUUGGGUCAAUACCGAAAAUGAUUUGCUGCUUGAUGCUCUCGAGCUGUUUGCCAAGAUGCAGGUUUGGGGGAAGAGGCCGUCCAUCCGUUCAUUUGUUGGGUUUUUGAAUUUUGCUAGUAGGAAUCAGAAUAUUCAACUCGGGAAGCAGAUGCACUCAUAUGUUCUGAAGUCGGGUUUUGAUAAGGGUUCGAGUGUUCAUGUUCAGUCUGCUCUCAUAGAUAUGUAUGGGAAAUGCGGUGACAUUGAGAGUUCUGUGUGCGUAUAUGAAGAAGGCCAUGACAAAACUUUGGAGGGUUGCAAUUCAUUAAUGACAUCUUUGUUGCAUUGUGGUGUUAUUGAGGAUGUGCUGGAGAUGUUUGGUUUGAUGAUUGACGAGGGAAUUGGUUUUGAUGAAGUUACUCUUUCUACAACCCUGAAAGCUUUAUCACUAUCUGUAUUUGCACGUUUAGGCAGCUGCAAAUUGCUGCACUGCUGUGCAGUGAAAUCAAGUUUUGAAUCUGAUAUUGCAGUUUCGUGUUCACUAAUCGAAGCAUAUGCAAGAUGUGGUCAGGUGAAACUUUCCCACCAGGUUUUUGAUGAACUCCCUGCACCAAAUGUCAUCUGUUUUACAGCAAUUAUCCAUGGGUAUGCCCUAAAUGGAAUGGGAGGUGAAUGUCUUCACUUGCUUCAAGAAAUGGUGGGAAAGGGUAUGAAACCUGAUAAAGUGACGGCGUUGUGCGUGCUUAGUGGGUGCAACCAUUCAGGUCUGGUUGAAGAAGCAAAAUUGCUCUUCAACUCAAUGGAAAUGCUAUAUGGGAUUCAACCGAACCAAAAACAUUAUUCGUGCAUGGUUGAUCUUUUAGGUCGAGCAGGUUUGCUAAAUGAAGCGGAAGAGUUGCUACAACAAACGCCACCUGGAAAAGGCGAUUGCGUUUCGUGGAGCUCAUUGUUGCGAAGUUGUAUGGUACACAAGAAUGAGAUAAUGGGAAGACGAACAGUAAAAACUUUGUUAAAGCUUGAGGUAGAAGACCCUGCAAUUUUGUUGCAAGCUUCAAAUUUUUAUUCAGAAAUCGGUGAGUUUGACUCCGCAAUGCAAAUCCGAGAAUUUGCAAUAGCACAGCAAGUGACAAGGGGCAUAGGUCACAGCAUGGUUGAGGUAAACAACCACAGUCACCGUUAGCAUCUCGAACUGAUGGAACUAGCUCGGCAAAUUGUUGAUUACCCCAGUGGCUUAGGUCCAAGUCUAACAUUUCUGAAUAUAAUUGUCAACAUUACUGUAGUUGUGGUUUUGCUUCUUUUAUAGGUAAAG